CGUCCGGUCCGGCAGCGUGCAAUCGGCACAGAUUGUGGCGCCUCCACUGGCCGCAGCGUGGCUGCUCAGUCCAAGCUUGGCACGCCGCACGCUCCGCCCUGCAGCCUCCGAGUGGCCCCGCCGCAUCUGACAGCCUGCUGAGCGGGGACGCCGCAGAGGAGCCGAACCGACGACAGACAGACUGAUUCUGGGUGGCUCUGCUCCAAGCAAGUCAAAGCUUCCAAGAGCGUCACUCAGCACAGCGGACCGCGCGAACCGACCGCGCAUUCCAGCGUCUCAAGCAUCAACAACCGCGGUAAUCACUAGCUUCUGGCAGCGACCCGGGUGCAGCCAUGGCCUCUAGAACGCGUAAGCACACUGACUUUGUGAGCGGCCCGAUGAGGGACAAGCCGACGAGCUCUCUGCCGGGAAUUGGUGAGAAGGCGGCCGGGAAACUGGUGGCCCAGGGCUACCCGCGCGCCAACAUGGUGCUCGGCCAGUUCCUGGUGCUCGGUCAGAGUCGCGAACCGUUCGUGUCCUGGCUGCAGAGUGCCUCGCACUGUAACGACGGCCAGGCCGCCGACUGUUUCCAGGCACUGCACGACUGGUGUCAGCAGUUCCUGUAGCGAUGGAACGGACGCUGCUGCGGCGACGACGUUUAAGCGCCUUCCGAACACCAAACUUAGACAAAGUGUCAUCGCAGUGAUUUAAGCGUCGGUUUUCAGGUCACCCAUGUACAGAUAUAAGUCUGAUUGUAAGCUAAAUAUAUGGUACUGAUUUUGUA